ACAAGAGUCCAGAGAAGUUUGUUGUACACGUAAACGCUGCAUGUCAAGUUAUUUGAGCACCAUGAAAAGUAGGACAGCUAUUUUAGAAAAAAGGAGACCCGAUUACAAUGCAGAGGUGCCUUUCCAGAGAGAGCGUACCUACCCUCGGAAUUACAGAGGCCUAGAUGGGAGUGAUGUUCCUUACACCCCAACCAUGCACUGGUACAGAUACUGGGGUUAUGAUGGGGUUUCUGGACGAGAGCAGUUCUUGGCUCAGCACAGAAUGCACAGCAUGAUCAGUACAGUGGAAAUAAAGCCAGAAAUUCCUAGUGGCCUGGAGUCCGUCACACCACUGGACCUUCGCACAGACCUCAGGAUGAUGAUGCCAGUGGUGGAUACCACGCUGCAGGAGAAGCAGUUACAGCAAGAAUUGCUCCUGAUCCAAAAACAACAACAGAUUCAAAAACAGCUCCUGAUCACCGAGUUCCAAAAACAGCACGAAAACCUGAUGAGGCAGCAUCAAGCCCAACUUCAGGAGCACAUCAAGUUACAACAGGAGCUGCUUGUCAUGAAACAACAGCAAGAGCUUUUGGAGAAAGAACGCAAGCUUGAGCAACAGAGACAGGAACAGGAAAUGGAACUGCAGCGCCGAGAGCAACAAUUUCUCUCUCUCCGGGGCAGGGGAAGAGAAAGUGCCAUGGCCAGCACAGAAGUUAAGCAGAAGCUCCAGGAGUUCUUGUUAAGUAAAUCUAAAGAUCCUGCAGCAAAUGGAAAUAAUCAUUCCCUGGGCCGCCACCGGAAGCUAUGGUACAUGGCUGCCCAUCAUGCUUCAUUAGAUCAGAGCUCACCUCCUCUUGGUGCGACACCACCAUCAUACAAGUACACACUGCCGGGAACACAUGCUUCAAAAGAUGAUUUUCCCAUUAAGAAAAAACAGGUGACUUCUGAACCCAACCUGAAAGUGCGUUCAAGAUUAAAACAGAAAGUGGCAGAGAGAAGGAGCAGUCCAUUGCUAAGGAGGAAAGACGGAAAUGUGAUAAAUCCAUACAAAAAGAGAACACACGAUGUGACAGAUACGUCAGUGAGCAGCAGUGUCCCUGGAUCCAGUCCCAGCUCCCCUAACAGUGGAUGCACUGGAAUUGGACCCGAGAAUUCAACCUCAGUCCUUCCAACCACAGCUCACACUGAGCAUCUCCUUUCACAUGAAAGGGUCUUAAAACCUGAAGAAUCGAUGACCUUGUUAAGUCUGUACACAUCCCCCUCAUUACCCAAUAUUAAUGUGGGACUUCCAGCUGCAUCCUCUCCAAUAAAUGCUGCCACCACAUUGAAAGAACAACAUGGUGAUUCCGCCAUGCAGGCCAUGAGGCAGGCUCUUCCAGGACAGUACCUGGGAGCUGGGCCUCUGUCGUCUGGCCUUCCACCAGUGGCAUUGGAAGCAAAGGUGAAUAACAGCCACCAGGCCCUGCUUCAGCAUCUAUUAAUAAAGGAACAAAUGCGGCAGCAGAAGAAUUUUACAAAUGGUGCAGUCCCUAUCCACCCUCAGUCUCCCUUGGCAAUGAAAGACAGACCAGCCUCAAGUGUCAGACACAAGCUGCCUCGCCAUCGGCCUCUGAACAGAACGCAGUCAGCCCCGCUGCCACAGAGCACCUUGGCACAGCUGGUCAUCCAGCAACAGCAUCAACAGUUCCUGGAGAAGCAGAAGCAAUACCAGCAGCAGAUCCAGAUAAACAAAAUGCUUUCUAAAUCCAUUGAGCAGCUCAGACAGCCAAGCAGUCACCUGGAGGAGACUGAGGAAGAGAACCACAAAGAUCAGCCAAUGCAGGAGGACAAGGUGCCCUCCUGUGGCAGCAUCAUGAACUGUAGCAGCAGCAGCAGCAGCUGUGAGGGAGAGGUUCCUGGAGCACACCUGGGAGUUAUCAAAGUCAAAGAAGAGCCCCCAGACAGUGAUGACGAAAGCCUAAGCAAUCAAAGUGAGGCCACGGAGCAGACUGUGUUUAUGCAAAAGGUAAAGGGGAAAGAUUUUGCUCGGAGGUUGGUCAUUAAAGCUCUUAUUUGAACACACUCACACAAAAAGAUAGCAGAAACGGCAUGCUUAGUCCUGAGAACUGUUUGCAACGAAGAAAAAAAAAAAAUACUCGUCAGCUUAUUCUUCAGCCGUUUCCUUCCUAUUCUGGAAUCAAUGACUUGCAUUUUUUUCCCCUUUCCCUUUGCAUCACCUGUGCUGUGACUAACACGUGAUUUCUGUUUCGGUGCUAAUAAUAAGGUGAGUGUCAGAUUUUGUCUGUGGGGUUGUGAAGUAAUUUCUGUAACAUGUAUUUUCAUUGUUUUGUAUAUGGUUUCAUGAAGGAGUUAUCAUCCCCUGGAUUAGAGUGGUUUCAGUGAGGUACAGUCUGCCUACGAUUUCAGUAGCUAUUUGUGUAAAACUGUAAAGAACAUGUGAAAAAUGGUGUCCUUCUUUAGGUGCAUAGUAAAGCUUCCCUUCUAGGUAAAGUGAAGUGAAGCUGUCUCCUACGUGUGCAUUUUCUUCAGAGAUCUUUUUUGUUAGAAUUUUUUUGGGGGGAUGGGGUAGGGGGGGGUGCCUGUGUUAGAUGUCUACAUGUAAGAAUCAACUGUAACAGUCAUCACAAAACAAAACAACAAACAAACAAACAAACAAAACAAACAAAAUAACUGCAUGGCUGCAUUUUUGGUGAGGAUUCAAACCUGUACCAAAACCUUAGUCAUGAUUUAUUAUAUGGUUCAUUUGGAUUUAUUUUUUUGUCUUGAGAUUUUUUAAUAUGAUGUUGAGGAGGUGGUAAAUGCAUGUAAAGAAAAAUAAAAACAGCAAUGGGAAAUGAAACAACAUUAAUCAUAUGAAGUGCUAUUGCCAAAGUAAAGACAAAACCUGUGCACACCAGUGUCAUGCCAUAUAGCAUAUUCACCAUGAACCGAGGAGCAAUGCUUACUUCCAUAAACACCACUGUGCAGCUCAGCUUGCUACCUUUUCUGGUUAAAUCAAAAUUGUGUCAAGUUCCUGCUGGGAUCCAGCAGUGAAGUUACUCUGUAAGGCUGAACAGGAAAUGCCUUGUGGAAGCAGGAAGUCCAAAUGAUUCAUGUGCUGAGGAAUGUAGGAAAAGGCUAGUAUUUUACUCUGUGAGUUUGAAAGGGCGCUCUGUGGACUGAUUUAUUGUCAGAGAAAAUAACAAAGCAAGCAGGGAAAUGGUUAAGGAAGCUUUUCAGUGAAACAUUUCCUUUAUAUUCCCUUAUGAUGUGUUUACUUUCUGUCAAUGGCUUACCGUUGUUAAUGAAACCAUAUCCCCUUUUCCCAACAUUUUCUAAAGCAAGCUAGGAUGUUUUCAAAAGACAAUACAGCGCAGUUAUUAUUUUUUUUGUAUUUAUUUACUUUUAAUAUUUAGCAGAUCCAUGUAAGGGAGCUGUAUUAUAUUAUUUUCUCAAAUCUGUUUUGUAUUUGUUUUGUUUUGGUACAGUAAUUGUAAAAUAUCUUAAACAGGGCUUGUGUUACUGGGGUUAUCGAAUUGACCUACAGUAUACAACUCAGUUUAAAUGGUUUGUGAGCAGAAAAGCUAUUCAGUGUACCCAGUCAUCAACGCUAUAUAAAUCAAAACCACCAGCAAACAAAUGUCAGUUGUGUUCACUUAUUUCUUUCAUUUUCUUGUACAGAACCCCAUCCAUACUCCUGGAGGUAGGGGGGUGGGGGUGGGUGGUCAUGUGUUAUGUUGUUAAUUGCUGUUUGUAUUUGUUCCUUUUUUGCCUUCUGUUACAAAUCUUUAUUUUUUAAAUAAA